AACAUGGCGGCCCAAGAUGAAGUUGACGUAUGUGAAAGUUGGGAGGAUAUGGACGAAAUUGGCUUGGAUCAGAAGAUUAAGCUGAUGUCAAGUGAGCCUGCCCCAGUGAGUCCCGCGCUUAAAGGUUGCAAGGUUAACGUAAUUGUUGAGGAGAACGCGUGUAUUGGGUCCCAGUGCGUAAUGCCGGAACCAACUAUUCGGAUUUUGAAGCGGCCAACGAACUCGCCUGGCGGGCCGCUGAAUGGCGAGAGCCGCGCUCGGCCGGUAAAGACCUUGGAACAAAGACAGAAAGAGUACGAGGAGGCGCGGCUGCGGAUACUGGGUGAAGCGCGGAGCCCCGAGGACGUCAUUGACGAUAAUCUAAGCAGACUACAAGAUAAGCUCCAAGCCAACAAUCUGAAUGACAAUCAAAAUAGUAGUAAAAAGAAUUGUCAAAUUGAGGCUAAAGGCAAAGAGAAAAAAGUGUUGGCGCGGCUUCCUCCCGGCGCGACGGCCGCUGGUGUGUUCCCUUCCCCUCCUCCGCGCGGUGUCCUUGUUAUCCGCACUCCACGAGGCCCUGAUGGCACCAAAGGUUUCGUGCGGAGGUAGCACCACUACAAAACUCGUAAGCCUAAGUUAUUCACAAAGUUCCAUCUGACUUCAAAGACUUCAGUCAAAAUUUUAAGUGACGUAGUAGCUAAAUAAAUAUAAAUUGGCUGAAAAUUGUUUCACAAUUUUUACUAUGCGAACAUAUUUGUACACCAUAGUGGUGUUAAAAAUACGUGAGGGUUGCUAAUUUGGU